AUGGAACUUAAGCUCCUCCUGGCCCUCGGCCUCCCCAUCAUACCGACCGCCGCCGAGACGGUUCUGGGCGUCUACGUCUUCCACCGUCACGGCGACCGCACCGCCAAGAAGACGCCUCCCGUCCGCUUCACUGACCUUGGCGCCUACGAGGUCUAUACCUCCGGGCUGUACUAUGGCGAACGGUACGUCCGCGACAACGCCACGGCCCAGAUCCGCUCCAUCAGCGCCGACGACGUCCGCCCCGAGCAGCUCGCCGUCACCUCCCCCAGCGACGUCGUCCUGCAGUCAUCGGCCUACGCCUUCCUCCAGGGCUUCUACCCGCCCUCCGGCACCGCCGAUGCCCUCGCCAACGGGUCCCGCGUCGAGGCGCCCCUGGGCGGCUACCAGUACGUCCCCGUCAACUCCGCGGCCACGGGGGCGGCGACGACUAGCGCGAAUGCCGAGAGCAGCGAGUGGCUGCAGGGCGGCAGCGGGUGCGGCAAGGCCGUCGUCAGCUCUAAUAACUACUUCUCCUCGCCCGAGUACGCCGCUCUCGAGGCCGAGUCCCGCGUCUUCUACCGGGGUCUGCUUCCCGUCAUCAACGGCACCUUUGACGACGAGGCCGCGUCGUUCGCCAACGCCUACACAAUCUUCGACCUGGUCAACGUUGCCAUCAUCCACAACGAGAGCAUCCCCGCCGCGGACCUGCUCACCGGCGCCGCCGUCCGUACGCUGACGGACUACGCCAACAUCCACGAGUGGAACCUCGCCUUCAACGAGAGCGACCCAAUCCGUGCCAUCGCCGGCAAGGUACUCGCUGGCCAGGUCCUCCGGGGCCUCAACGCGACGCUCUCCGGCAGCGCCGUCAAGGCCAACAUCCAGUUCGGCGCGUACGGCGCCUUCUCCUCCUUCUUCGGCCUCGCGCAGAUGCACAGGGUGUCAGAGGACUUCAAGGCCAUCGUCGACUACGCCUCGUCCAUGGUCUUCGAGCUCGUCACCAACGACACGUCGGCCAGUCCCGCCGCCGACGACAUCUCGGUGCGCUUCCGCUUCGCCAACGGCUCCGCCGGCGCCAGCCCCCUGACGGCGUACCCGCUCUUUGGUCGCGCCGAGACCGUCCUGCCUUGGGCCACCUUCGUUGACGAGAUGCGUCAGUUCGCCGUCGAAGACACCAAGUCUUGGUGUACGGCUUGCGGAAACUCCACCGGCACAUGCGCCGCGGCGCUGGGUCUGGACGGCAGCGCCGACUCGAACAGCUGGAGGUCCGGUUCCGGUGGCGGCGGCAUCUCGGCUCCCGUGGCCGGUGUCAUCGGCGCGCUUGUGACGUUGGUCGUCAUCAUGGGCAUCCAGGGCCUAUUUAUGCUCGUUGGCGGCCUGCGCAUGGUCAAGAAGCCUAAUGUCGCCAAGGAUGUCCCCGCCGCUUCUACCACCGAGGAGGUUGCCAGCCGCAAGCACUAA